GCAUGCUCUUUGUUUAAAUGUAGGUGCGGUGCAAACAAGGUAAAACAGCAGAAAACGUAAAAAUGUUCGGUAAGCGGUCGAUGUCUGGCGUGCGGGAUAUCGUGCGUGGUGGUUCAUUGCUGCGACGCGUGUUUGACCUCUCUAGCAAGAAGGUGUCCCCUGACUCGUACACGUUGGAAUCUGUUCUUUUGGAGGCGUGUACAGCCGCCAAUAUUGCUUUCCUGCAGAAUCCUGAGACACAGCUAGAAAAUUAUCGAUUUUGGAAAAAGUUAUGUAAAGCCUGUUCUGAAAAGACGACUAGCAACUAUGGAGGAAGGUUGCUUCGAGCGCGCCUUGUUACUGCCCUUUCCCAGCGUUUGGCUAUUGAUGAAGUAUUUCGUUUAAAUGGUAGUGAAAUCGAAAAAGAAUCCAUCACGAAGCCCCUGAUUGUGAUAGGUAUUCCGAGAUCAAACGGUCAUUUUGCUGCGCAUGUGCUUUCACGCUCUGGACUCUUUUUGGCUCCACGUCAGUAUGACACACUAUCGCCUUCUCUUAUGGUUGAAUCACAGCGUCUGGAUGAGUUUAAUAAAAGAUUCAGGGGAUUUGGGUCUAUCAACCCCGACUUCAGUUGUGUGCGCUUGCUGAAAGCGAAUCAAAUAGACGAUGAUUUGACUUUACACCUAAUGACCCCGCAGUGCUAUGCCUGGGGUCUUCUGCAUGGGCUGGAUGAAUACCUUUUAGAAUGUCUCGAGGAAGAUCAGACUCCAGUUUAUCAGAAUGUUAAACGAACUUUACAGCUUUUUCAAUGGCUUAGGAAAUGUGGACAUUUUUCUGAUCCUGUGAUACGCGAACAUGAACCGAUUGACAACCCCCUUGAAAUACAAACCUACGGUACCAAAAACCCUAUUGUCAACCCGCGGUGGGUACUCCAUAGCCCGUUUGCCAUCCUGAGCUCUGAUGUGAUUAAUGAUACAUUUCCAGAUAUGUUGGCUAUUUGGGUUCACCGUGCACUCGCACAGUGUAUUCCCUCCCUUUGCUCUAGUCUUUGCUUGCACAACGCCUUGUAUACUGGCAAACCUCCUACAGACUCGCAGCUCGCUAGCAUGGGUGAGAAGGUACUAGGUAUCUUUGGAUCUGGCACAGAGUAUGCAAUUGACUAUUAUGGCAAAUUCGAUCAAAAGCGUAUGGCCCAUUGGUCUAAUCAAGAUCUAAAGCGUCAUGCCACUCGUAUCGCUGGAAAGACACUCGACUACUUUGGCAUUGAGCUGGACCGCUACCGGCGCAUACAAAUGAUUAACGGGCAGACCGAGUACAUUGAAAGCUUUCGACCUAUGCAUGACUCCCAGCUGCAGUAUUUCUGCCUGCAUGAGGGAAUUAUCGGUGAUGCAUUUAGCGACUAUAUAUUCCAGUUUGAAGAAUUCGCCUUCGAAAAGCGGUUUGGUGUAGUUAUCCAAGAGUAUAAGCCCCUGGCAUCGGCGAAGGAUUCGCUGUCGAUGCGAUCAAUGAAGAUUGAAGACUCAGAAGACAAAAUAGGUACAGCUUUCACAACAAAUCAACCUAUGUCCGGACACUUUUUGCAAGAGGGAAAAGGUUUCCGAUAG